AUGGAAAGAAUCUGGCAUCAUGCUUUCUUCAACAAAUUAAGAGUUCCAACUGACGAGCACCCAGUCCUCAUCACUGAACCUCCUCUGAACCCUAAGAACAACAGAGAAAAGAUGACCGAAAUCAUGUUCGAAAAAUUCAAUAUCCCUGCUUUCUACGUCGCCAUCCAAGCUGUGCUGGCAUUAUAUAGCUCUUGCAGAACAACUGGUAUAGUCGUGGAUUAG